AAAUAGACGAACUGCGGUAACAACAAUCGUUUGUCGUCUAAAAAGUAUACGGUUGUGAUAACGCGCGAAUCGCUCUCGGACAAAAAAAUAGUUGUCUUUAUCUCAUCCGUAUCGAUAAACGUAACAUACACGUGAAUCAAUUGGUGUGUGGUGUUACAUUGAUAUUCCAUACCAGAAUUUAUGAAAUAAUGUGUUAUUAAUACAUUUCGUUUGUAGAUAUGCGUGUAAAAUUGAUUGAAAGCAAAUAUGUAUACAAACAUGACAUAAUUAAAGAUUUUAAUCAAUGUUUAUUUUCAUGAUUUUUCAACAAACCCAAACAAAUCAAUUUAAGCCUUCUUUUAUCGCAUUUGAGCAGAUAAUCAUAGUUCUAAUAUAAUUAUACCUCCUUGAAAAUAAACAUUUAUAAGUUAAUAGUAAUUUAAUUUAAAACAAAUCUGUGACGUGAUAAUACUACGUUGACAAUAAACACCGUUCUGGUUAGUUUGCUGGUUAUGUGAGUGAUAUCAACCAGCUACCUCUGAUAAGAUAAAGCUGGGACAUAUUGCAGUCUCUAAGGUUGGCAUACAUCCUCCACAUCUACAAUUGUUGACAUAUACCUAUGGGCAAGUGUAUAUCGAAGAACUCUACAUCCCUAACGAUAGCAUUAUCUGAUAAAGAUUUGGCAAGAGCCAGCCAUAUUUUAAGUAAAUUCACGGAAAGUUCAGAGUACAUUGCACUUAAGGACGAGCAUAGGAAUCAAUUAUGCGAGUGCUUUGCUGUCAACGAUACUUGUAUACAACCACAAUUGGGCUUGGGCGAGAAGGUUUCAACCAUCAGUGCAGCAUCCAUCGGCAGCGAAAAGGCCGAGAAGCCAACUCAAAAGUAUUAUUGCCAUCAACAGAGUCACUUCUAUGGUGGUGGAGGAGCACAGCAUUUGGGGGAACAGGAAUUUGGGCAUCCACAACAAGAUACUAGCCAAGACAACACUUGUUUACAUUCAGUGGACUAUGAGAUGCCCACAGACAGUCGCCUAUUGCCACCAAAGAGCACCUCUUACAAUGGUCCUAACAGGGGCAAUGAUGCAUUCCAAAGUUAUGAUGACUAUGUGGCUGUGGUCCAUGCUCUUUCUGUUGCUCCCCGAACUGAUAACAAGUACAGCUAUUCUAAGUUCAACGAGCCAUUUGUAGAUGAUGAUAGAUGUGAAGAAGUUGUUGACUGCUCCAACUUUUGCGAUGGCAAGCGGCGUUCAAAUAAAUAUUACGCCAAAGAUGGCACCAACUACGACCAGAGUGUCCUUGCCAAUAAUAACAAUAAUAACGAAGCUACUCAGAAAAAUAAUUAUUGCACUGGUGUACCACAAUACUUGGCUCAGCUACUCGUGCAACAUCAAAUAAAAGACCUGGAAGCCAAAGCCCACGAAACCACAGAAAUUAUUGUGGAAUGCCAUUUGGAGUGUGAUACGAAGAGGGCGAAUAACAAGACAAUGCAAAGAUCACAAGCACUCAUUGUGGCUAAUAACAAUGCUCAGAAGGGUCAGACCGAAAGCAAAAAGCAUUCAAAGAAACACAAUGCGGGAGAAAUUCAGACAAAAGGCACGGCCAUGUCAUUUGGCUUUCGCAAAAACCUCAAUACGACGCCAAAAAAGCUAAAAAAGUUCUUAAAAGGUGAAAAUGCUAAAAAGAAACAGGAUAAAUGCAACAACAUCUACGCAGAGGGUACGGAAGCUGACACAUCGGAUGGCAAAGUUGGUGUUGCUGGAACAUUGAGCGAUGUCGGGCUGGGUGGUUAUAAAAUCGAUUCAGUGAUAGACACCAGUAACACAACUGGCACAUCGGCACAAUUCCAAAAGGAUGAUAAUGGAAAUGCGGAUUUACUGAACAACAUUCAUUUUGAUAAAAUGGGAGCUGCGGCGGCCAAUGCCUUGCAUUUGAAUACCACAACAUCAACCGCUACUUCUGGCGGUGCUAAUGUCCGUUUACCCGGGGCAGGCAGUCGCUUUGGUUAUCGCGGCACUAUCCGACCAUCCUCCACUGAUAUUACGAGUCGUUGUCAGAAGGAAACAAACGAAAAUAACGAGAACAACAACUGCCCUCCAGCGGCAAGUAACACCAAGGGAGUCCUUAUAAGCAACCUGAAACGUCGUUCCAAAAGUGCACAUGCUGGUCGAACAAAUUCUACAUCAAAUGAAAGCGAGUCAGAUUUAAGUGUUGCACCUCGUACUACGCAACCCAAGACGUUAACAUUCAAUUUAAAGCAAAAUAGCACCAUUGAAUACGACAGACGGCAAUUCUUUGAACAACAGGCGCCAUCUGCAGUAACGGGUGGUCGUGGUGGCAGCUGCGGCGGUAUGGCAUGCGGCAAUGUCAUUUCAACCGGCAUGCAUCACAAUGUCAUAUUAAGACCUACGGCGCGAUUACCAGCAACCGCUUCAACAGCCACGGCUUAUACUAAAUACACUCUGCAAACUGUUAGUCUGCCAAAACCCGAAUUCGCUGUUCCGAUCAGCAUUAAUGUUACAACUCCCACAACUCCGGCCAGCAUUUCCUAUAAUUCAUCAUCAUCAGCAGCUUCUUCAUCUUCUAGGACUAGAGACAACUCUUGGAGCAGACAGCACCCCUUGACAGUGGCCCAGUCGACGGUUCAUCGCAUGGAUCCCAAAGCAGCCAAACACAUGACAAAUAGCACAAGACGCACAUUUUCCGGCAGUCGUGAAAUUUCUGCCGAUUCAGGCAUAGCCAGCUUGGACAUGGCUUUAGAUAGUUCUGGUUCUAGCCGUGUCAGCUCUGCUACGCGCAAAUCUUCGCCUAAGCGAAGCCGUAGUCGUCCUCGUAAUUUGCAAAUGGUUAUGAACGGCCGUCAUCGAUUUGAGGUUAGAGAUCUGGAUGAUUCGUUGUCGAGUGGUGACAGUUCCAUUGUAGAACCUCUGGCUUUGCCCAAAUUGCCAACAGAAAGUCAAACUGUACCAUUGCCCUUAAGUGGUCUAAUACGCUCAAAUACGGUAUUGAGUCGAGAGUCUUAUGAAUCGCGAAACAGGGAAAAUAAACAAAAACAGAUUGUUACAUUAACUUUAGAAUCGAAUAACGCCAGCCAAUCAACAUCAAGGCAAGCUUCUGAAGAGGACAGUGAAUCUGUUGACGAGGAAAAACUACAUUUGGAUAGAUCCGCGACAGAGAAGAUUCAAAAGGAACGACAAUUCAAGGACAUCAACACAUGCUCGAGCAAGACAUCGUCUCCCGGAAGUUCAGUGUUGUCGUCAUGGUGUAAUGCAGGGGAGUCGUUGGCUGCUAACGAUUUUAGCACUUUAAGUUUGGACAGCAGUGAGGAUAGCAAUAAGCAAGACAAUAAACUUCUGGAGGAUCAGAAAGAAACUGAACGUAAACUUUCCUUCGAAAUAAACGAUGAUGACUUAGUGACUUUGAAUUCAGAUGUCCAAAUGAGCACGUUAUCUUCUCUAACUGAACCUGUUACGCUCAACGAUGAAAUCGAUAAUUUGCCCAAAGAAUCCACAAACCUUGCCAUACUCGAUGAUACCAAUAAUAUGGUAGAACGUCCCAAGUCCAUAUGUAACUCCUUGAAUGAAAGCAAAUUCGCUGAAAUGGCUUUGGAGGGUAGCACAUUUCUAUUGGAUGACGAAACUUCGCCUACUGACAGUUUGGUCAGUAGCAGUGAGUCCGAGGGAGCUGCCUGCAAGCAAAAGAAACACAAAAUCAAUGAAGAAUUGCAGGAGAAGGACAUCGAUGAAAUUUCGCCAGAAUUAGAUUUGGCUAGUCCUCUAUCGCCUGGCACGCCCACACACUGCUCUCGCUCACUGUCCCUGUCUGAUUGUGGUAAUUUAAUUGAUGACGAGAUAGCCGACCAACCGGCCCUGCUAUUCAAUCAAGAAUCACAAGAUGGCGGGGCGGAGAGUGGAGCGUCGCGCAGAGAUAGAACGGAUACACCCACACUCAUGGAGAGCUUAAGUUCCUUGCGUAACUCCAUACACAGCCAAACGAAUAGAUCACGUAGUGCUCUAUACCAGGCCAUGGAACUAAGCUUGCGUACCCCUUUGUCAUUGCGCAAAGCAGUGAUGGAGCGGGCUGAAUCCUUAGACACGUUGUCACCCUGUGAAUCUAUUUGUUCUGACGAUCUGAUGAUGGAUUUCGAUAUGGCAAGUAGCAUGGAUUCAAUUGAUAGAUCGGUUUCCAUCAAAAGUCGCAGUGGCUCUGAUUUAAAUAAGAUCGAUGAUGGCGAAUUGUUUUCGGAAUUCAACCGAAAAGGCAAUGAUGUUAUGCAAGAAUUAAAUUCUCUUCUGCGCAGCCAUUCCAAGAAAAAUAAAGAUCGAGAUAUCACUGCUCAUUUACCUGCACGUGCGACGCGUUUGCUGAAUCGUUCUCGCAUGCAACAGCACUGCACCUUGAACAACGAUAACGACUCAGAUAGUGCCAGGUCCCCGUUGAGUGCACGUCGUCGCAAUAACACAGCAUCUUCACGAAAUUCCACAGCCUCGUCGGUGACGGGUCAUAAUAAUAGGGGCAGUGGCAACAAUACGGCCAACUCAUCGUUGCAGCGUAAAUAUCAGCAACACAAUCUCCAUUUGAACCAUCAGCCGACAUCGUCUUCAUCAUACCAUCAGCAUCAGCGUGAUACGCACAGUUCUUCGGACGAUCUCAUGUUGUAUGAUAAAUCAUUUAGGAAUGCUAUGAUUCAAGAUGUGCUGCAGUUCAAAAAGCAAUUGUUACGUUUGCGCAAAAUACUGCAGGAGACCGAAACUCUUAAUCCAUUCGAGAAUGAUAAUGGACAACUUUUCACAUCCUGUGGCCUAGACAGUAAAUUAUUUGAUGACAUUGAUUUGGCCAGCUUGACGUCAUCAACCACGGAUGAUCCUGUGCAGGAACUCUCUGAUCUACGAAGACAGGUGGUUUACCUUCAGGGUCAAGUUGAUGAUCGUGAUCGCACAAUACGUCUGCAGAAAAAUCGCAUUGAACAAUUGGAAGCAGAAAAACACAAACUAACUCCACAACAAAAGUUUGGUGAGCCAGCUGCUGAAGCACAUAGGGAAUGCGUUACAACGGCAACACAGACUGAAAGGACACGUCCAUUGUCCAUUGGUACGGAGGGCUUAUCUAGAAGUAAGCCGGAGUAUACUAGUUUUACGACAUAUUUCCCGGCAAUAUGUGGCGGCGAUAGCACUACGGUAAUACAGCAGCAGAACAAUUCUGGGCAACAAAAUCAAGGAAGUGGCGCAAAUAAUCAAACACGCCGUCACACCAUUAUUUCAACCACAUUAACUAAUUAUAAUCAUCAGAUGUCUUCGCAACCGCACCCACAACAACAACAACAUCAGCAACAACCCACUAUACAUUCCAUACAGCCACGCAGGGCCUCAAUAGCUUGGGAUAAACAGACUGCUGCUGUCCCAGCGUAUAAGCCUGUGAAGAUAACCCUAAUAGGAGAUCCCCUGAAACAAUGGAACGGCAAUGGAAGUGCAAAUGAAAACUUGCCCACUAACGAUGAGGAAUCUAAGAAGAAGAAUCUUAUAAAUACUAGCGAUAGUCCAAUAAAACAGCAACAACAUAAUCUACAAGAACAAAAGCAGAAUAUGCAUAACAAUAAUAAGUGUAGUAGCGGUAGUGGUAAUCUUAUAUUGAAUGGCAAAGCUAACAUGCAAAAUCAACAGCAAAAGAUUUCCAAUGUGACGCACCAGCAGCAGCUGCAGGAUUUAUUGAAAGCCAAUGAGCUGUUGCCGUCAGCAGCACAGCAUCAGCAACAAUACCAUCACCAUCAUCAUCAUCCUCAUCAUCAUCUUCAUCAUCAGCGUCAUCAACACAACAAUUUAAAACCAACAGUUACUAUAGUUUAACAAAAACAACUACAACAAUAUAAAACAGAAUUACACCUACAACUUA